AAUGUGCACUGCACCGUAAAAGCCAAGGCAGGCAGCCCUUUAUACUAUCCAUUUACGAAAUGUGGGUCUAUCUUGACAGAGGAGAUUCAACAACUUAUUUAAGUUGAACUCUUCCACACCAUAUAUAAUAUAUGUGAAAGAAACAGUUAGUUGUCUCUUUGUAUACCAUAGCUUCCUACAACAUAUUCUUUUCAAGGUGACCAUAAGAGCAACAUGUCCAUGAAAAGUCUAUUUGUAGCUCUAGUUUUGGUCUUGCAAUGUUGCUUCAUCACUUCUAGCACAAACCACCCUCUAGACCCUCUUACCCCUACUGAGUUUAACCGAACACGAGACAUAAUUCAAAAGUCUCGCCUCGGUUCUCUUCCUAAUCUAACUUUUCACUAUGUCGACGUUGAAGAACCCGAAAAGGAAGAUGUCCUCAAAUGGCUAUCCUCAAACCAUAAACAAAACCCCUUUCCUCAUCGCCAAGCCAAGGUGGUGGUUAGAGCUGGAGGCCAGACACAUGAGCUCGUUGUGGACUUAGCCUCAAGCUCUAUAAAAUCGGACCAUAUCUACACCGGUCACGGUUUUCCUCCAUUCACCUAUGCCGAGCUCUCCCGAGCUAGCAAACUGCCACUGAGUUAUACGAAAUUCAAAGAGUCCAUUACGCUCCGUGGUUUAAACAUUUCCGAAGUUUCUUGCGUGCCAUUUACCGUCGGAUGGUUUGGAGAACACGUCACAAGAAGAGCUCUAAAAGUCACAUGCUUAUACCGCGGAGGAACCUUCAAUGUCUUUUCAAGGCCCAUCGAGGGAAUAACCAUGGAGGUCGACGUCGACGACAUGAAGAUCAUAACAUACAAAGACAGAUUCAUCGCCCCUCUGCCUAAAGCAGAGGGCACAGAUUUCCAAACCGCAAAAGGGAAGUCAAGUUCUCUCUCAGGAAAUUCAUCGAACACUGGGUGGGCAAUCAAUGGCCACACGGUUAAAUGGAGGAACUGGGAAUUUCACGUCGCGUUCAACGCUCGAGCCGGCGUAAUUAUAUCCACGGCGUCGGUGUUCGACGCCAGGAAGGGGAAAUUCAGGCGAGUGAUGUACAGAGGGCACGUUUCGGAGACGUUUGUGCCGUACAUGGACACGACAAAGGAAUGGUAUUUCAGGACUUUCAUGGACAUUGGGGAAUUUGGGUUCGGAAGAUCAGCAGAUUCGCUUCAGCCGCUGGUUGAUUGCCCGGAAAAUGCGGAGUUUUUGGAUGGGUUUAUGGCUGGUUCAGGUGGGCAGCCACAAAAAGUAGAAAGAGCUAUUUGUAUCUUUGAAAGGUAUUCGGGUGAUAUUGCAAUGAGACAUACUGAGAUUAACAUACCAGGGAAAGUGGUGAGAGGUGGGCAGCCGGAGUCAAGUUUGGUGGUCAGAAUGGUGGCUACGGUGGGGAACUACGAUUAUGUUCUUGAUUGGGAAUUCAAGCAAAGUGGCACUAUCAAAGUUGGGGUUGACUUGACAGGUAUUCUAGAAAUGAAGGCCACACCGUACACAAAAAACGACAACAUAAUUGGAAAUGUGUACGGAACAUUAGUGUCAGAGAACACCGUCGCCGUUAACCACGACCACUAUCUCACAUACUAUCUAGAUCUCGAUGUUGACGGAAGCGACAACUCCUUUCUCAAAUCUAAACUACAAACGACAAGAGCGACGACUGCUAACCCCUUGUCUCCAAGGAGGAGUUACUGGAGGGUUGUUAAAGAAACCGCCAAAACUGAAGCCGACGCCAGGAUUCGGCUUGGCUUGGAGCCAGCCGAGCUGUUAGUUGUGAAUCCGAACAAGAGGACGAGGCUCGGUAAUCAAGUGGGUUACCGAUUGAUUACUGGGCAGCCGGUUAAUUCCCUUUUGGCUGAUGAUGAUUACCCGCAGAUUAGAGCUGCUUAUACAAAGCAUCAAGUGUGGGUGACCGCCUAUAACAAGUCGGAGAGGUGGGCUGGCGGCUUCUACAGUGAUAGGAGCCGAGGGGAUGAUGGCUUAGCUGUUUGGAGUCAAAGGAAUAGGGCAAUUGAAAACAAAGAUAUCGUUUUAUGGUACACAGUGGGAUUCCACCACAUUCCUUACCAAGAAGAUUUCCCAGCAAUGCCCACCAUUCAUGGGGGAUUUGAGCUCCGGCCAGCGAAUUUCUUCGAGAGCAAUCCUUUGCUCAGUCAAAACUGAUUUAAAACUUUGUUAAUGUAUUAUAUAAUGUAAAAGUCAAUAUUUAAAUUCUUUCAACUAAAUGUCGU